AUGUCGCUUGCUGAGUUCCCACUAGGUCAAUCGCGCGUCGUUGCAGGGAGAUACCCUCCUCCAGGCUCUGAUCCACAUGCGGACGCCAUCCGAGAGCGCCGUGGUCCGCGAGGGAUUACCCCUCUUGAUGCGAAUUUACUUCACGUCCCUCCUAUUGCUGGUGGAUUCAACUCUUUGUUGGGAGCGGUGAGAACGAAAGGAAAUCUCCCCGGUGAUCUUCGCGAAAUCAUGAUUCUUCGGGUGGCAGCGUUAAACCAUGCUUCCUUCGAGUGGAUUCAUCAUGAGAUAGUCGCUCGAAAAGAGGGCUUAUCUACGGGACAAUUAUAUGUGAUCCGGGAUGUGGACACGCCUCUCCCUCCUAUCUCCACCGUCCUCACAUCAUUGCACACCAGUGCAUUAGUUUUCACGGACCAUAGCACUCGAACCGCCCGAGUUCCAAUGGAUGUUAUUCACGAUUUCAAAAAGGAACUAAAGUCUUGGCUGUUGGGCAAGGAUACGAGCUGCAGUGAAGAGCAAGUCAACGCAAAGGUAGAGGACCUGUAUGUGGAGGCAGCAAUGGUGGUUGCAUCCUACAAUAUGGUAUCAAGGUUUCUACUAUCCACAGAUGUUGCCGGGCUGGCAGACAUGGAAGUUCCAUGGCCUGUCGAAAAGAAGGAGCAUUUUGUAACCCUCCCAUCGUUUCCACCAGCAAAAAGUCCGACACAUACCAUCCACGCAGUAACUCUUGUCACCGAUCCAUCUGCCCCUUGGUUGGUCUUCGCCAAUUCCCUGCUCACGGAUUGGACAAUGUGGAGUUACGUGGUGCCUUAUUUCCUGGAUUUUCCUAGCGAUGCAGACAAUAAGAAAACGUACAAUAUUCUCUUGCACUCGCAAAGAGGCCAUGGCAAAUCUACUCUACCAGACACUUCCCCUAGUGAUUUGGAAGAUAAGAGGCUGACGACCAUCCCUUUCCUCGCACAUGACAUCGCUAACUUGAUUGAUAUGCUUCACAUUCCCCUCCCCGUGAAAUCAGUCAUAGGCGUAUCACAGGGAGGCGCUGCUGCGCUAGCAUUCGGAACCCUAUACGGAGGGGGCAGUAACAUAAAGACGGAGAGCAUCGUCGCUUGCGAUACAUCUCCGCGCACGGCUGCGGGAAACAAAGAGGCUUGGGAUGAGCGCAUUCGGCUUGCUUUUGGCCCCGAGAGUUCAAAUGCGACUGAGUAUGCUGAACGCAUAGGCAUGCGCAAGUUGGCGAGUGUCACUGUUCCGCGAUGGUUCCCACCUGGUUCACUUUGUAAUCCCACAACCUCACCGCUCGCACAUGGUAUAAAGCGCGCGGAGUGGGUUGAACGGAUGAUCCAGGCAACACAACCAGCAGGGUUUGCAGAGGGCGCACGGGCGCUUAGUGAAUAUGAUCUCCUUGAUGAUUUGUUCAAGAAUCCCGUUGGCAAGGCGCUUCUCGUAUCGGGGAGCUUGGAUGGUGGCGGAAAGGUCGGUCAGGGAUUGCAGAGUCUCUGUGAAACAUGGAAACCUCAUUUAGAAAGCGUCAAAUAUUUAGAGAUUGGCGUUUCCGGGCAUCUUCCAAUGAUUGAUGCUCCAGAGGUAUUCACUGAGACUUUAAGUCAAUGGAUUCAAGCAUCACGAACACACCUGUCCUUGUAUCACUUAAACGACUCACGGCGUGACCAGUCCUGUGUUGACUCAAUUGCACAUCCCACGCUGUACUACUAUGGCGGUACCGGCGCCAGAAAACGUAUAAAAGGUGAGCGAAACGGACACCUUGGUAGCAUCCAACGCCUUACCUUUUCUCUUUACCAACUCACUUCUUUUGCUCCAAUCAUACCCAAACUCAUUGUCUUAAUGACGCAACACCCUCCGCCACAAGAGACCACUGUGCAUCAGGAUGGCGCUAAUCCCCAAUCACAGGGGAAAGCUAUAGACAUUGUAUUCUUACAGGAUACGACUGGCAGUCAGGGUCCUUAUAUCCAAUCAGCCAGACAGGCCAUUCGUGGCAUAUGCGAGAAAAUCUCUGCCUCUGAAAAUCUAUCUCAAGGGCUGCUCAGAUUUGGCCUCAUUGCAUUUCGUGACCACCCACCUCAGGACAUGUCAUAUGUCACCAAAUCUUUCGGAUUUACAUCAAAUAUCGACGUCAUGCAAAGUAACUUGGCUAGUCUCGUAGCUUCUGGCGGUGGUGAUGGACCAGAAGCACAGACCGCUGCAUUGGCUGAGGCGCUAAACUUGCAAUGGGCAGACAAUGCAGUGAAGAUAGUUAUUCUUAUCACUGAUUCACCUCCGCACGGAAUUGGAGAACCACAUGAUGGAUUUCAGCAGUCUCCUGAUCAGAACGACCCUCUUGACAUAGCUCGGCAGAUGGCUGAGAGGGGUAUUACAUUGUUUGUAGUUGGAUGCGAGCCGGCGCUUAGUAAAUAUCAUCAUGCUGUUGACUUUUACACAGGCCUUGCCCAGAUUACAAGUGGAAAGAUAUUUCCUCUUCUGAUGGCAGACAAACUGGGUGACUACAUUGUUGGAACGGCUGUAGAAACAAUCGAGACGGAGAAACUGAUUGGAGAAUUUGAACAAGUCAUCGUCAAUGACGUGUAUGAGAACAACACAUCGAUAGAGGCGGUGACAGAACGCCUCAGGAAUCAACUGGACCAAAGGGGCGCCAAAAUCAAUACAAUUGAUGUCGAGAACGUUUACAAUAUUAGCGAAGCCGCUGCAAACAAUGCGAAUGUAUGGCAAACAAGCGAUAGCAUUACCUCUGCUCGCUCAAGAGUCAAAAAAAUCAGAACGCCCCGCAUGAAACACACAUAUGCGUCAGGCCAGGCUGUACCAAAGGUAGCUAUGCAGAUGCAACAACUUAGUCACCAACAGGCCGGCCGAAUCGUACAACAAUCAAUGGCUCGAAGUUCUGUAGUCACACCUAUGGGAUACGUAUCCAGGCUCAGUGGAAAGUCCGUUGCUAAUACAGCAUUACCACCCGGCGCUUAA